AUGGACGCCAAACAGCUACUGCCAGUCGCAACCGCGCACCCUUUCGGGUCGACAACAGCAUUUUUGGCUGUUCUCAUCGGUCUCUAUACGUUUUACUACCGGAAAAUACAUCCUUUGGCCAGAUUUCCUGGCCCUUUUCUUGCGUCAGUUACCAACUUCUGGAGACUCCGGGAACUAUGGAACUUGCAUCUUCCGGAGACACUAGUCGUUCUGCACGAGAAGUAUGGGGAUGUAGUCCGCAUUGGACCCAACAUGCUUUCCUUCAGACAAGGGAGUGCCGUACCGAGGAUCUACAAGGCCGGCCGAGCUUUAGCGAAGACAGCUUUUUAUGAUGGCUUCACUUCUUUUAAUCCCAAUCUAUUCGGAACUCGAGAUGAAGAGGUGAGUCGUUGGAGGAAGUUUAGCAAGGUAUUGGAGAUCCCGCACUAA